UUGGGCAAGGUGGCAAUGCUUUGUCUUUUAAGGCAGUACAACUCUAUUCUGAAUGAUUCCGAUACAACCUCUAAAUAAAUAGAUAGUUCUGGAAUUCAUAGUUUUAAUUACAAAAUAGUCAUAUAUUCAUAUUAAGUAAAGCAUUAACAAAGCACCCAAGAUGUCGGACUGGGAUACGGUAACCGUGUUGAGAAAAAAGGCACCAAAGUCUAGCCAACUGAAGACCGAAUCAGCUGUUAAUCAAGCACGCCGUCAGGGAGUUGCAGUCGAUACACAGCAAAAAUAUGGUGCUGGCACCAACAAGCAGCAUGUGACAACCAAGAACACUGCCAAGCUGGAUCGUGAGACUGAAGAAUUGCGGCACGACAAGAUUCCGCUCGAUGUGGGCAAAAUAAUUCAGCAGGGUCGCCAGAACAAGGGUCUCAGUCAGAAGGACUUGGCCACGAAAAUCUGUGAGAAACAGCAAGUGGUAACUGACUAUGAGGCCGGACGCGGCAUUCCAAACAACUUGAUACUCGGUAAAAUGGAGCGUGUGCUUGGCAUGAAAUUACGAGGCAAGGAGCGCGGCCAACCGAUGGCGCCUCCCGGUAAAAAGUGAGAUGAUGCUGCUGCGUCCACUGCAGCAAGUUCCGCUCCAACGCACAGAAUUGCCAGACAACAGCAACACACUCAACAACAACAACAACAGCACGAGUCCGGUUGGAGCACUGUGAGCAGCAGACGCAAAUGAAGCACUAUCGGGAGGCUGUAGAACCAAACAAAAUCGGGUCAAAACUAAUGCAGCAGCAAAACGAGGAGAAUGAACGAGUUAUAAAAAGAAAAACACAAACAUAACAACAACAGCAAUCAAUCGAAGCAUGCAACAAUGAAAUAAGCACCAACUAUGAGCGCAACUUGUCAAUAUCGAAUCCCAAGAUUCAUAAACAUUACCCACUAUUUUUUUUUCUUUUUCUUUUAUUAAUUUCUGACAAAAAUUCUACUAUUGUAAUUCAAUAUCAAUAAUAUCAUCAAACACAAUCACACUCAUACAACAAGCAACUAAACAUAAUAAUUAAAAAAAAAUAACAUCAAAAUAAUGAUAUUAAAACGAUGGCUACAAAGCAUUGCAUUUUGUGCUCAUGGCUGGAACAAAUGUUUUGUUCAUUUGGCAUUUUACUAUAAACUAUUGUUUUGUUACAUCAAAAAAUUGAGUUUAUUUUUUAAACUUGAUCUAAUUUAUGGAUAUACUAUUUAUGCAUUAAAAAUGGCAUUGAAUACACAUAAAAAAAACCAACA